CUCAUCCUCUCCCUCUCCCUGGUGCUCUGAUCUAGGUCAGCCUAUCGCCGUCGCCGCCGUGGCCAUUGCUGCCGGUAGAAGUUGAGGAUGCCAUCCUGGAAUGACGAGGAGAGCUCGGACGAGGACAUCAACAUGGUUUCAAUGGAUCCUCAACUCUUUGAAACCCCUUACAGUGUGGUGGAACCAUCUUUCUGUGGUUCUUACACUGAAUCUGAGCCGACGUGCAUGAUGCAUCAUCAGAGGCCGAAGAAGGUGGUGGCUUUUGAAGGUGCUUUGACUGGGAGGCGAUUCCUGGGUUGUCCUGUGCAGCAGGAUGUAGGUGUGAACUGUGGGGUUGUGGAGUGGGUGGAUGGUCCUUGGCCAGAGAUUCUACAAAGGUGCCUAACCAGGAUUUGGGACAUGUACCAUGAGCAGAACUUGGGGAGGGUGAAUGACAAACAAGCCCAUGAGAAAGAGGUGGCCAAGCUACAGAAGGAAAUUGAUUUCCUGUCAAACAACUACAACCAGUUGGUGGAAGAUGUAUCCAAGCUAUUUGACUAUCAAGAUGGCAAGAUAUCUCAUGACAUGUACUAUACCAGUCAGGCAAUCAAUGAACUAAAUGAGAAGAAGAAACAACUUGAGGAUCAGGCAAAGAUUGAGUUAAGUAUGGAAAAGCUGAAGCUUGCCAAGGAGCAAAGGUGCAUUCUUCAAAGCCAAGCAGAUAUUAUUCAGAACAUGAGGAAGGCCAUGAAGGAAGUGGAGGGGGACAGGGACCUACUUAAGCAAGAGAAGAAGAAGCUAGAGUAUCUGAUUGCUGAUCUGCUCAACUGGGCAUGCCAGCAAAGAUAAGCUGGAGAGGAUCAAGGAAAUUAUGAAUGAGUGAAGUGGUUGGUGUGUGGGUUAAGUAAUUAGUAGGCCUAUAUAUAUAGCUAGCCUUGGAAUGUGAUGCAUGUUAGGUGUAUAUUUUGGGAAAGUUUCAUGUGCUUUCAGAAUGGUAUGAGGGAGGGAGGUACUGUUAUGGUUUAAGAACUAGUUGAUUUUA